AUGACCUUAGUAGUGCUGCCAUUGGUAUUGGCUCGAAAUCUUCAACCACGCGCAAACACAAUCACACUCGAUGCCAGCACAACCUACCAAAAGAUUAUUGGAUUUGGGGCCUCAGAGGCUUUUGGGCAUUCCAAUCAGUUCCAAAAUCUGGCAGAUCCAAUUCGAAGACAAGUUCUGGACAUUCUUUUCAACAAAACCUCCGGAGCGGGCCUCACCAUACUACGCAAUGUCAUCACGACCGGUGGGAUUGAGCCAAAAAGCCCGGGCUCUGCAACCAAUGCGCCAACAUAUACUUGGGAUGGAAACGACGACGGACAGAUAUGGCUCAGCGAAACCGCUCAAAAUGAGUACGGAGUCAAAACAAUAUAUGCCAACGCGUGGUCCGCUCCAGCAUACAUGAAAACGAACAACAACGCUAACAACGGUGGUUAUCUCUGUGGCGUUUCUGGACAGACUUGCUCUUCUGGCAACUGGAUCCAAGCCUACGCGAACUACCUCACCCAAUAUGUGAAAGACUACCAGAGCUCUGGUGUCGCCAUUUCUCACGUUGGGUUUCUCAACGAAGCUGAUGCGAGCUUCCCUUACGACAGUAUGCGUUCCGACGGCACCCAGGCAGCAGAAGUCAUCACUGCGUUGCGGGCCACCCUGGACGCUGCCGGAUUUACCUCUGUUUUGAUCAACUGCUGCGACUUUGAAGGAUGGAGCCUCUCCCAGACUGUAUUACAGCAAGUCAAGUCAGCUGGAGCAAUUGACAAGCUCGGUGGCUUGACUUCUCAUGGAUACGCCGGAGCUCCAGGGGCGCCUUUUACCUUCUCAAAUCUGCCUGUGUGGCAGACUGAAUGGGCCGACCUCAGUAGUGCCUGGGUAACCUCAUUUUCGUCUGGCGGCACUUCCAGCGGCUUGACAUGGGCUCAGCGCAUUCAGAGUGGUGUCACUACGAGCAAUCUGAGUGCUUUCUUGUAUUGGAUCGGUGCGGAACCAGCUGCCUCCAGCUCAAGCGCGAUGCUUGUUCAAUGGACCUCUACAUCCGUCUCAGCAUCGAAGAGACUCUGGGCUUUCGCGCACUUUGCACGAUUCGCGCGUCCAGGAGCUUUGAGAAUCAAAUCACCUUCUGCGGGAGGUCUCGGCGUCAGCGCCUUCAAGAAUACCGAUGGUACGCUGUCGCUUCAGGUCAUCAAUUCAGGAUCGAGUAGUGUUCAAUUCACGGUAUCUGGGUUUGGGAAUGUUAGUCAAGUCCAACCUGUCCUAACGGAUGACAAGAACGAUUUUGUAUUUGGGUCCAAGAUUGCAGUAGCGAGUGGUUCAUUCAGUGCAACGAUUGCGGGGAUGGCUAUGAUGUCUUUUAUUCCUGGAUAG